UUUUGGGUGGGAGGGUGUGUUUGUGUGUUUGUUAUUGGAAAUUAGAACUCGUCUAAUUUUGUGUGGGGACGGAGCUAGUUAAGUGACCAAAUUACAAUAAGUGCACAAAACAGAGCUCCAAACAACAAACGACAAAAUUGUGUUCAAACAGACACCCCGGCAAAAAGAGAACUGCAAAAUUACGACAUCUAUGCAAUUCUCCACGCCACAAAUCCGACAUUUUAUAAAAAGUUUUAAACAAACUACACAUAGACAAACAAAACAACCACGUACACAUCCUUGAAAAAGAUUAAAUAAAUAAUCGAAACGUCGGAUAUAGUGCAAAAAAGUUGUUUUUGCUGCUUAUACUUGACUGAAAGCCGAAAACCGUUACAAAAUAACUACCACAGUCGAUAAGCCACCCAAAUCUACAUCAUGGCACAGUACUCGUCUGUAAAUUUCUACCAGGAAAUCGACAGACUCUUUGGAGCUCAGGUGAAAGGAAUGUUCAAAGCAUAUGCCUCAAAUAACAAGAAACUGGGAAACAUGAACAGCCGGAAAUCAUUCUUGGUCCGCUGUAGGAAAAACGGAGUUUUCCCAAGGCAUAUCACCGAUCAUUUCCGUUGCGUUUUUCCGUUACUCGAAGAAAACAGUCCGUACAUCAACCAGAUCCAGAACUGCACAAACCGGUUUAAAAGGUCAAUACUGAACAUAGAAAUAAAACAAACCUACCACAACAUAAAGCUGUUGAAGAAACAGCUGAGCACCCUCGCCACCCGCAUCAGUUCCUCUGUGUCGCCCGAGAUCUGCCAGACCUUCUUCUCUAGUCAAAGAUCUUUCUAUGAGAAGCACCUACUGGACCAAACCGCAACAACGAAGAGGAAGUUCGGCCAAAUCUUCCAGAAAAUGGAAAACAACACCAACUCACCUCAACCGAAUUUGAAGGCGAUCCACAACGGAACCAACAUAAACAUUCCACCGGAAACAACAACUUUGCUGAGCUUAGGACCCAAAUUUGCUCUCCCAAUCACCGAUCCGCAACAAAACCCUUACUUUCACCUCGUAGCAGAUGUGGAGAACAUCCUGAAAACCAACCCAGACAAUAGUUGCCAAGACCACAACCGCUGUGCAAUUACCAACAUGAUCCAGAACCACCUCCAUAAAAUCCACAACAGACCACAAGCAAAGGAUGCACUCGUCAAGUUCUGUGAAUCUGCGGAAAGGAAAACAAGAUUAUUCUUGAAACAGAACCCCAACCUAGCGGUUCUACAAUCCGACAAAGGCAACAAAACCGUCAUCAUGAACAGCGAGGAGUACAAACAAAAGAUGCUCGACCUACUGAAGGAUGACCACACCUACCAACCCAUCACACGUGAUCCCACAUCACGGUUCCAAAACAAAACAACAACCUCCGCACUGUGCCCAAGGAUAUACGGCCAACCUAAAGCACACAAACCUGGACUGCCGCUGAGACCGGUAGUGCCCAACAUAACAGCACCGUCGUAUCACCUGUCCAAGUUCGUGGGACAGAUGAUCCGUAAGUCGAUCCACAGCCAGUACAACGUCAAAAACUCAUUCGAGUUCUGUGAGUUCAUCAACACUGUCACAUUACCUCCUGGACACGUGUUGAUCUCGCUCGACGUCGUGUCCCUGUUCACCUGCAUACCGAAAGUACUGGUCACCCACGACAUUAUCUAUGGGUGGGACAACAUCAGAGAGCACGCCAACAACAUCUGCUUGGACCUCUUCUUAGAAUUGGUUGAGUUCUGCAUCGAUGCGAGCUACUUCAAGUUCAACGAGCAGCACUACCAACAGAUCUUUGGCACAGCUAUGGGCAAUCCUCUGUCAUCAACAACAGCAGACCUAGUAAUGGAGAACCUCCUAGACUAUGCAAGCCAGAAACUGGACUUCCAGCUUCCGUUUUUGAAAAAUACGUUGACGACAUCGUAA